CAUUCAUGCAGCUGGGCCCCGCCUUGUCUCCAGAGGCACCUUCCACUAGCAACAGUCUCCCCGGGCACAACACAGCUAACACAAGGCCUGGCGGGCAGGAUUCUGGUACAGAAGCAGGCCCACUGCCCAGAGAGCCCAGACCCAGCAUGGACGCUGUGGAAGCCACGAUGGAGAAACUCCGGGCACAGUGCCUGUCCCGCGGAGCCUCGGGCAUCCAGGGCCUGGCCAGGUUUUUCCGCCGACUGGACCGGGAUGGGAGCAGAUCUCUGGACGCUGAUGAGUUCCGGCAGGGCCUGGCCAAACUGGGGCUGGUGCUGGACCAGGCAGAGGCAGAGGGCGUGUGCAGGAAGUGGGACCGUGAUGGCAGCGGGACACUGGAUCUGGAGGAGUUCCUUCGGGCACUGCGGCCCCCCAUGUCCCAGGCCCGGGAGGCAGUCAUUGCUGCUGCGUUUGCCAAGCUGGACAGCAGUGGGGACGGUGUGGUGACUGUGGACGACCUCCGAGGGGUGUACAGUGGCCGAGACCACCCUAAGGUGCGCAGUGGGGAGUGGACCGAGGACAAGGUGCUGCGCCGCUUCCUGGACAACUUCGACUCCUCCGAGAAGGACGGGCAGGUCACGCUGGCGGAAUUCCAGGACUACUACAGCGGCGUGAGCGCCUCCAUGAACACAGAUGAGGAGUUUGUGGCCAUGAUGACCAGUGCCUGGCAGCUGUGAGCUGCUCAGGCUCAGCCCUGCUGCCCUGGCCUGUCACUCCCCACCCCUACCCAAGACUCCCCCUUUCCUGGGCCCCUACUCUCCUGGUUAGCCACACCACAGGGCAGGGAGGGGCAGGUGGGGGAAUGGAGGCCACGGGAGGCCAGGUCCCUGCUGGGUGGCCAGGUGGAGGUAGGACAAAGGGGUCACUGGCACAGGGCCCCAGGGAGAAACACUCCCCACCCACCCAUGCCGACAUGAGGCCUUGGAGCCCCUGUGGAUGCCCCUGCUGAGGCCCCCCUGACUCCCCCAUCCAGCCUGCUGCUCCUCACCCCUCCCUUGGAGGUCCCCCAAGAAGCUAGGCUACCCGGGUGUGAGGAGGCCCUGCUGGAAGGCAGUUUGGACCUGCCCAGGUGUGGAGCGAGGGGCAAGGGGCAUCCUAACCUCAGAAACCAAAACAAAGCCUUUUGAAAAAAAAAAAAACCUGUAAAUCAUCAGCCCCAAAUCAGAGGAUGGCAAAUGGGGAAUAAAGGCAGUAGUUAAGACCAUA